GGGGGUGCUGGAGGAGCCACAGCUCCCGGCGGGACUGACAGCGGUGGCCGGGCUGUGUCAGCGCUGCCCCGAGCACAGGGAAUGGUCUGGAUGGAUGCCACGGGACAGGGCUCACGUGCCCUUCCUGCCAGAUCCCUCUGGAGGGCUGCAGGGACGGCCCUGCCCUGCCCUGCCCAGCUCCCUGUUGUCCGUUUCCAGGAUGUUGCAGGUGCCGCUGCCGCUGGAUCGGGACGGGAUCCUGUUCCGGCUGCGUUUCACCACGCUGGCCCUGGGCACUGUGUUCUGCCCCCUCUUUGGGUUCCUCUUCUGUGUCAUCUGGUCUCUGCUCUUCAACUUCCGCGAGACGACUGCCACCCACUGUGGGGUGCCCAACUACCUGCCGUCCAUCAGCGCGGCCAUCGGGGGCGAGACACCGCAGCGCUACGUGUGGCGCCUGUGCAUCGGCCUGCACUCGGCCCCGCGCGUCCUCGUGGCCGUGGCCUACUGGAACCACUACCAGAGCUGCCACUGCCCCCACCCCCGCUACCUGCGCCUGUGCCACGUCACCCUGCUGCUCAACCUGCUCGAGAACUUCGCCCUCCUCAUCCUCACCUACGUGUCCUCCACCGAAAACUAUGCAAUCCACGAAAAUGCCUUCAUCGUGUUCAUCACGUCGGCCCUGGGCCACAUGCUGCUCACCUGCAUCCUCUGGAGAAUGACUAAGAAACACACAGUAAGUCCCGAGGAGCGCAAGUCGUACAAGUGGAAGCAGCUGCUCUUCUUCUUCACCUUCAUCACGUUCGCGUUCGCCGUGUGCGUUUACUUCCACCACAACUGGUACUGUGGCCCUGGAGUGUACACUGUCUUUGCCUUCCUGGAGUACCUGGUUGUCCUCUCCAACAUGGCCUUCCACAUGACUGCCUUCUGGGACUUCGGCAACAAGGAGCUGGUGGUGAGCUCGCUGCUGGAGGACAAGCACUUCUAGCCAGCCCCGCUGCUGGGGGCUCCUUUUCCCUGUCCUGCCGGGGCUGGGUGUUUGCUGUGGAGCUGCUGCGAGGAUCCUGCCGAGAUCCCCGAGUGUCUGUCCCUACUGCACCUGCAGCUCUGCUCCAGGACCCCUGUCCUGGCUCCCUGCCAGCUCCAGGAGGGCAGGACAGAGGAGGAACAAGGACCUGCUGCCUGUUGCUUUGGAGAAUGCUCCAGGGAGAGCGGGAUGCUGCUCCCAGUUUCGGGGCACAGGGGUCCAGCCCUGCCCUGUCCUUUCUUGGCCUGGGGGUUCUCAUGGUUCCUCCUCCAGGCUGGAGGUCUUGGGGCAAGUCCUCAAAAAGGGUUGGUGGCCUUUUGGGCUGGCUUCAGGCACUGGUCUCCCACUGGACUGGGGCAGGGUCCUGGCCCAUCUGUGCCUGAGUGCCAGGAGGGGAGCGGGAAGGUGCUGGGCUGUGCAGGGACUGCCUGGAGCAGGGUGGGAGCACACAGGGCAGAGCAGGGUGGGAGCAUCCAUGGCUCACUCCUGCCUUUCCCAGAAGCCCCCCCAGCAGCACAGGCUGUUCCAGGGGUGCUGUGCCCGUUCCAACCCAGUUGGAGGAGGAAGGGUGAGUGUUCUGGUUCUGGAGGUCUUUGCCCCAGUGUCCCCAUGGCUUCCCCUGUGCUGUGGGGCUGGAGCUGGGAACUGCUGGGGUUCAGCAGUGCCCCCAUUGUGCAGCUCUGGCUGCCAGGGCACAGGGGACGUGGCUGGGUGGCAGGUGGGGGCUGACAGUGUCCCCAAGCUCCUCCUGCAAUGCUGCUGGAAGGGGCACCUGGAGCUGUCUUGAUUUUGGGGAGGUCUGCACUUGCCAGGGCUCGUCCCACCCCAUGCUUGGCCAGUGAGGGUCCCUCCCUGCCCUUCACCUGAGCACAGCCACCACCGAGAGUCCCCUGGGAUGUCCCAGUGCUCAUCCCAGGGCUGGGCAGAGCCUCUUCCAGCAGGAGCUGUGGGGCCCUGGCAGAGCUGGGGCCGAGCUGGCUUGGAGCAGGUCCUGCUGCACGUGUCCAUCGUCAGUGUCCCCAUCCAUGGGCUCCAUCCGUGUCCCUGCAUGUGUGUGACGCGCUGCCCCGCAGCGCCUUGGCUUUGAGGUGGAAAUAAAGCACUAAGUAUUUUUGUGA